CCCUACUUAGAUAAAGAUCCAGACUGUAGAUGGGAAGGCAUUUAGAUGAAGGUCAGUGCUAAUCACAACAGAGAGAAGACCCUUGACAACAAAUCCACAUUUUUCCACCUGUGGAUGUGAACAAGCUCCACCCAUGUGGUGACGCCUCAACUCUCCACUUGCCUGGCAGUCACUAAUUCCGAUGGCAAUGCUUAACCCGAACGAUCCCCCGCCUCCUUACUACUCUGUCGCUGUGCACACCCAGCCCCCCCUUAAAUCCUAUGAAGAAGUGGUGUACGGUGUGAGUCCAGCCCAAACCCCCGCCAACCAGCCUCAUUUUGUCCCUCAGUAUGCACCACCUUUGGCCGCACCCCAAGUAACGCAGCCAAGUUUGCCCCCCAGUAGCAGGAAGAGAGGAUGUUGUAAGAAUAAUGCCCGGUGCAUUGGAGGGUCCUGCGCUGUCUUUAUCCUCGUCGCCCUGCUGGCUGUUGCCAUCUGGCUCGGAGUGCGAUAUGGCACUAGGGUAUGGACGCAAGGCCGCUUCAACAGCAAUGACGCGCAAAAUGAAAGCAUCGAUGACAACCAGUUGAUAUUGAUGAGUGACAUCUGCCCUAACGAUACCAUAACCUGUGAUGGGAUUAGGGACUGCGAGCUGGGCUCUGAUGAAAUGGUUUGUGUGAGGUUUGGGAUUAGAAAUCGUCUGGAGGUCAAGACCGCCCAAGAUGGUCGCUUUCUUCCCGUCUGCUUCAACGGAUGGGACCAGAGCAUUGCUGAUCAGACGUGCAACCAACUUGGGUUUAAAAGGUUUUAUAGCUACGCAAAUAUCACAACCCAGGACUCCCUCGGACUCAUAGCGACCAACACAUUGUCUGAUUCCAUCCAGGGUCAAGUUGAAGUCAGAUCCACCUGUCCGGAUCAGAGCACAGUCUCCCUGCAGUGCGUCGAAUGCGGCAAGCAGCAAUCCACGUCCCGCAUCGUAGGCGGCAGCAUUGCAGACAGGGCUCAGUGGCCAUGGCAGUUAUCGCUGCACUUUCGAGGGUCCCACGUGUGCGGGGGGGUCUUGAUCUCUCCCGAUUUUUUGUUGACCGCCGCUCACUGCUUUCCGAGGAGCAACCCCUCAACGCUCUUGCCGCAGUUCUGGCAAGUGUAUGCGGGCGUGCUGUCUCUGAACAAUUUACCUACACCUUUGGUGGUGGAGAGGAUCAUCCUCAAUGAAAACUACAACAACAUCACCAAUGAUCAAGACAUCGCUCUAGUCAAACUUGCAGCUGAGGUCAACUUUGAUGAUGAUGUACACCCGGCAUGCCUGCCAGUUACUGCGCAGCAAUUCCUCCCUGGCACUGCUUGUUGGACGUCGGGCUUUGGUAGCACCGAUCCAGAAUCAGGCCAAGUAUCUGAUGUGUUGAUGGAGGUAACUGUCGACAUCAUCAGUACAAUAGAAUGCAACAACCCUUGGGUGUACGGAGGCGCCGUGACCGAAAACAUGGUCUGCGCUGGACAUUUGGAGGGAGGCAGAGAUUCUUGUCAGGGUGACAGUGGUGGGCCACUGGUGUGUCAGGCCGACGACGUGUGGUACCUGGUGGGCAUUACCAGCUGGGGUGAUGGAUGCGCUAUGGCAAACAAACCAGGUGUUUACACCAAAGUCAACAGUCUUCUGCCUUGGAUCCAUACCAACAUGCAGCUUGCAAGGCAGUAACACCACUGGUUUCCCUCCGUUUUCUCCAUUGAGCACUGCACUGAGAAUCUGUCUUCAAGCAACCACGGUAGAGGCUCUGCGUCAAACAGAAUACGGACGGAUUUAACAUUUUAUGGAGCAGAGGGCACGAGGAGGUGACACAAUACCAAAUGACAUGUUUACAGCUGUGUGACCACUGAUGACUUGUCUUGCGGUCCUUCCGACUUCUGACAUGUGACACGCUUUAAAGAUGGUCCUUUGCGUAUGUGGUCUCUGCCAAUGCGACACUGCCUCUGGGAUUUUCCUUAACUAUGUACACUCAACAUGCUGUGAAGCCUGUACCGUUGAAUCCCCCUGACCAUUUAUGACACAGAACUAGAAUGGGCUAACUCCACUGCGGUCCUUUUGACAGGAGAGUGAUUCAAAGUUUUAUGACUGCGAUAACUUCUUAUCUUGGUGGUUUAUAUGGCAAUGGUUACUUCUUUUGACGAUUUGAUUGACAGAAUUCCCCCGGCUUUAGUAUUUUGUAUGGGGUUUUUUUUGUGGGUAUUACUGACAGUUUUUACUGUUAUCUUCAGUUUCAUAGGUUGGGCCCUUGUCAAUUUUUUUUGGGGUGGUGAUAGUGAUCCAAAUUGAAACAUCUGCACUGCUAUCUAUGAUAUUCUGAGUUUUCUAUCAAUCUCUGAGUGUCACUUUGUGAGAUGUUUUUUUCUUAUCUUAUAAAAAGAUAAGAAGGGAGGAGUAGCCUAUUGUCAUGGGUAAAGCCACACGGCCAUCUUGGAAAUGGGAGUUGGCACAGUGUUGCACGAAUGAAUUCACAAAUGGGCCGAGUGAGAUACUAAGAAUUGUUUGCCAUAAGUGUAAACUUCAUUGAGAUCAGUGUUUCCCUAAAUUAUAUGCAUUAUCUCUAUUUAUUUUUGUAAGUAAUUUAGAUAUGCCAGGAAUUGAGUUAGCCCACUCUAGAUCUCAGCAGCAUACAAAAACUUUUAAACCAAGUUUUUUUUUGUUUUUUGAAUGCAGUUUUUCUUAUUUUACUGUGGUUCGAAAUUUGCACUGUUCAAAUGUUAGAUGGUCCAGUUGCAUCUGUUUGAAAAUCAUGUUAUAAGAAUAAAAAAUCUUUUUUUCUAAAAAAAAUAA